UCGUCGUAGACGUAGGAAAACUCUCAGGCCCGAGCAACUAUUUCGGUGGGGUAAAGAUGAUGCUCCUUUCGGACUGAUAGUGGUUGUUGUUAUUAAACAACACACUAAUAACUACAACUGCUACCGUUGACCCAAGUUUGACCUUUACUUCUUCCGAAACAUCUACUCUCCCCUUGAGAGUCCUCUUGUGUCCACCUCGAUGUCAACAUUCAUAUAAGAAUGAAAGGUUAAAGAUAUCGGGUGCGUGGAAAUAGAAAAAAAAAAUACGUUGAUUACAUCAGAAAUCCCUUUGUUUUUCCUUAUAAUUAUGACCUCAAUCUUAUGUAUAGUAUAUAUAAGGCAUCAUUUGCAGGAUAUUAAAAAAGCUUGAACUCCUGACUGCGUAACGACCAUUAACUGGCCUCCGGUUAUAUUAGAACAUGUGACCAUAUCACGGCCGCCGACUGGGACCUCCACUUAGACUUCGACUCCUGAUCUUGUCAAGCACAAUCACCUCGAAACUAGAUUUCCCCAAAAUGGGUUUCUGAAGUUAUAGUUCUAUCCCACCAUGACAUAGGGAAUGUAUGUGUUGUGAUGUGCGUUAUUACAUCCUGAAUCCUCAAAACUACCUUUGAAAUUCUUCAGUUUCAAUCGAAAACCCUAAACUCUAUUAAAAAAACCCAAAACCCUAAACCUAAAAAUAUUAAAAACCCUAACCCUAAGAGAGAGAAACAAAAAGUCCGUCCAAUCUCUCUCAAAAAAUGACAUAUUUCCCUAAAUUAAAGAAAAAAGGCUUAUAAGGCUAAUUUUUUUAAAAAAAAAAACCUAGUAUAUAUGGCUAAUUUAGCUUAUAUUUUUUUGUUCAUUUUAAAUAUAUAAAAUAUAAAUUUUAAAUAUUUUUAAGCAAUAAAUGUUAAUUAUUUAUAAAAUUUAAUUCAAAUUUAUAAAUUAUGUUUUAAAUAUUAAAAUACAAUCAACAAAAAUUAAAUAUUUAAUAGUAUAUAUUUAAAAUAAAUUUCAAUAGAAAAUAAUAUAUAAAAUACUUUAUAAUGGUUAAAAUCAUCUCUUAUUUUUAAAAGAGCUUUUGCUUUAGGAAAAAUAUUUUUACUUUUGUAUUAAAAGCACCUCUAAUUCUAAAAGUUCUCUGUUUAGUAUUAUUUGUUACUCCAAACAUAUUUUUGAUACCAAAAACAAAAAUCGGUGAAGGAGGGUUGACAAUGUGUACAAAGACCAAAGAGGCUCAUAUAACGGGCCCAUUUUCCGGCCUACAGAUCUGUAUUCAAUGCUGUCCGAUCUAGCUAUUCUUCGGCGGGCUUUUAGCCAUAAGGUCCGUAACCUUCAAAUGGUGUGAAGAAGGCUUUCCUCAAACACUUAACAUGUUUUCGUUCCCGAAAGAUCUGAGAAACCAAAUAAAUUAUUUACUAGUAACUAAUAGUACUAGGUGCUUAAAUCUGCGAGCAUUGGACUCGUGUCAAACGACUUUGAAUCCAAAAUACAUUUUUGAAGGACUAAGCACCUGCGUGUCAUUGCCAUAUGGCUUCAUUGCUCCUCCUUCGCCGCGUUUAUUCGAUUACUUGUCCUGCCUUCCUUGAUCGGCACCCUUGCUCAUCCUUCAUACCUUGCCUUUAUAUAAAGCACCAACUCAACGUUUUGUAUGCACAAUUACGUGAAUUCACCUGGUGUAAGCUUGUCUCAGUAGUUUCCAAGUUGUUUUUACGAAAGAAGCAAAAGUAACCCCGAGAAGAGUGAAAGUGGCCAUGGCAUCGCAACAGGAAAGACAGGAACUUGACGCCAGGGCAAGGCAGGGAGAGACGGUUAUUCCCGGUGGAACUGGUGGCAAGAGUCUCGAAGCUCAAGAGCACCUUGCAGAAGGGAGGAGCCGUGGAGGUCAGACAAGGAAGGAGCAACUGGGGAGAGAAGGGUACCAGGAGCUGGGAAGCAAAGGAGGUCAGACAAGAAAGGAGCAGAUAGGGACUGAAGGGUACCAGGAAAUGGGGCGAAAAGGUGGACUGAGUACGAUGGACAAGUCGGGAGUAGAGCGUGCAGCUGAGGAAGGAAUCGACAUUGACGAGUCCAAAUACAGAACUUGAUGCAAUAGCCCCUUAAGUGCCUGCUGGCACUGUGUUUUGCGUAAGUCGAGAGUCUUGGUAGUUUUGUGUAACUCUAGGUUGACCAAGUGUUAAGAUCGUAUCUUUUUCUGUAACCCCCCUGCAUGUUUAGGUAGUUACUAAUGGAGUGGCAUGGCAUAUGAGAGGUUUUCAGUUUGCAAGGUGCCUCUCUUCUUUCUGUAUGCUUUUUGACUAUGGAAUGAAAUGUGUUUUUGGUUGA